GGGAGCUCCGGAGGCUGCGGAGGGGGCGGGUCGCGUCAGGCGCCACGUCCGCAGCCAGAGGCCGCCGCUGCCGCCGCCGCCGCCUCGCACCGAGAGUCUUCCGACUUCCGAGCCCGAGGAGAGCAUCUGAGUCGCGGAGCCGCCCCGGGCCGCGUCAGGGCCUCUGCUGUCCCGGCCGCUUCUGCUGUCCUCGGUGCCACCGCUCCCUCCGUCCGGCCCCAGCUCCCGGCCUCGAUCCCGCGGUUAUCAUGAAUCAGGCAGAUAAAAAUCAAGAAAUUCCAUCUUACCUUAGUGAUGAACCCCCAGAAGGGUCAAUGAAAGAUCACCCGCAACAGCAGCCAGGGAUGUUGUCUCGUGUGACUGGAGGUAUCUUCAGUGUUACAAAGGGAGCUGUUGGUGCCACCAUUGGUGGUGUGGCUUGGAUUGGUGGAAAGAGUCUGGAAGUGACCAAAACAGCUGUUACAACUGUGCCUUCCAUGGGAAUAGGGUUGGUGAAAGGAGGCGUGUCUGCUGUGGCUGGAGGUGUGACAGCUGUUGGGUCUGCAGUUGUAAACAAAGUGCCCUUAUCAGGAAAGAAGAAAGACAAGUCUGAUUGAGAGAGAAAUACACUUGCUCUCCACAGCAUAUGAUGCCAGUGGCAUUGAACAGCUCAAUUACAGACUACAACCCAGUCAACCGCUAGACUGCUGUGUUGAAAGUAUUGGUGACUGGCUGCAUCUAAAACACAAGAGACCAGUACUACCACAGUGUCUGAAGGCUUCUCAUCCUUAAGUUCAGCUUUUUAUCUGAUAAAAUGUUACACUUGUUCAGUUGUAACUGAAGAUAUGGUAUGUUUAAAUAUUUGCUCUAAGUCUUUCAGUUUGACUAAAAAAUGUGAAAGUUCAAUUUAGUAGAUGAUUUUACAGUUCCAUGUGUACAGUGUGCCAGGUAACUCAUAUGACCCUUACAAAGAGACUCGAACUACAUAAACUGUACCUUUGAUGUGCCUAAUAGUUUCAGAUGUCUUAGUUUUUUAUAACUAUAGUGGUUUAGGCCAAGAGGAAUUCUUAUUUAAGCUGGCAAAAAAGUAGCAGGAAUUCAAAAGUUUAGAAGACAAACGGUUUUAUGAUGCUGUUAAUUUUUUUUUUUUAGUUAGAUAAACAUUCUGUUUGUUUAAUCAUUGAUGCCUUACAAAAGAAAACAUCUUUUCUAAUAAUCUUAAAUAUGUGCAGUUCUUAUAAUUAUCAGUGAACUCUUUUAAAGGUUGUAAAACUCGUUUCCCUCUUAAAAAUCUCAGGAGUACUGAGGUAAAGGGGUCUCCUGGUGCCCUGGGUAAGGCAGUGCUUAUCAGCUCUUGUGAGCACUCAACACGAGACAUGCAUUGGUAGUUGGAUUUAUGGCCCCAUCAUUAAUACACCCCACGGUAUCUAUGGAACAUUUCUUAGCUCAUCAAAAGCUGUGUGGGAAGUUUCAUAUUGAGAGGGAAUAAAUAUUCAUUUUUAAGUUUUUAUAAUUAUCUGAAGAAUCUAAGAUAAUCCUUCAUGCUUAUUCUUUCUUUAGGAUGUCUUAAAUUAUUAGUAAUAAUUCCUUUAAAAAUACAAUAAAAUCAACCAUUAAUGUAUAAGGAUUGACUCUUCAAAUGAAUGAGAUUGGCUCCAUACAUUGGCUUUGAAUUAAAAAAAAAUACAUAAGUGCUCUCAAUGUUGUAUUUAGGUUUGUUGUUGUUGUUGUUGUGGUUGUUUU